CCUAAACCCUUGUCCUCCAUUCUGUGUUUUAAUCUCCGUGAUUGUCUCUCCGACUCUCUCUCUUUAUAAUUAAAAAUUAGAAAAUUAAAAAUUAAAAUUAGAGUUCUACCGAUUACUCUGCGUCACUCUAGCUUAAUUGAGCAACUUUUUCUACGAAAUGUGAAUGUGCUCCUCUUCAUAAGGAGAAAUAUUUGAUAAUGGCUUCUAGAGCUAUAUUAAGAAGGAAGAGAUUUAUCACUGAUUAUCUGAAUGCCUCCACACGGUUGAUCCAAAGCUUCCAAUAUAUUAGGCAUGUUGUUCAGAGUCAUGAUUUAUGUGAUUAUAGCUCCUGUGCAAGCCACGCCUGUGUAGAUUUUAAUCAUGCAGACAAGUCAAAUACUUUUUCAGUGACAAGAGGAGAAUUGCAGGGAUUCUCUGGGUUCAGAUGCUCUGGACUUAAACAUCAUGGAAUCAUGGUUUUGGGUCUUGGGAAUGGAAAAUCAGAAUUCAUCCCACCAAUGGGGUUCACUUUGAUGUCCCAUUUGGUGCGAAAUGGUUCCACAGCUACUGCAAAGAAACAUGAAAUGGUCAGUGAUGAUGAGGAAAAUGAAGAGCUGGUUAGUAAAAAGAGGAAGCAAGCAUCCCCAGAAGAAUGUGAUCAAGCGGUUGAAGGUUUGAGUACUGCAAAAGCCAAAGCUAAUGCAAAAAAAUUGCAGGAAACUCAAAAGCUUGCUAAUUCUGUUUUACAGAGAUCAUGGGCCAUGCUCCUGGGGAUUGGUCCUGCUUUGAGAGCAGUAGCUUCUAUGAGCAGGGAGGAUUGGGCUAAGAAACUUGUUCACUGGAAGCAGGAAUUUGUAUCAGCAUUACAACACUAUUGGUUGGGUUUAAAGCUAUUGUGGGUUGAUGUGAGGAUCAGUUCAAGAUUGCUGUUAAAACUUGCUGGUGGGAAGAGUCUUUCUAGGAGGGAGAGGCAACAGCUAACUCGAACGACAGCAGAUAUUUUUAGGCUAGUUCCUUUUGCAGUUUUUAUCAUUGUUCCUUUCAUGGAAUUUUUGUUGCCUGUGUUCCUUAAAUUGUUCCCAAAUAUGUUGCCAUCGACCUUCCAAGACAAGAUGAAAGAACAGGAAGCUCUGAAAAGGAAGCUGAAUGCUAGAAUAGAAUAUGCCAAGUUUCUUCAGGACACAGUCAAAGAAAUGGCAAAAGAAGCCCAAAACUCACGAAGUGGGGAAAUUCGGAAAACUGCAAGGGAUCUUGAUGAAUUUUUAAAUAGGGUUAGAAGGGGUGCUGGUGUCUCUAAUGAGGAGAUUUUGGGCUUUGCUAAGUUGUUUAAUGAUGAACUUACUCUGGAUAAUAUCAACAGGCCUCGAUUGGUGAAUAUGUGCAAAUAUAUGGGCAUCAGUCCUUUUGGAACAGAUGCAUAUUUGCGUUUUAUGCUCCGGAAAAGACUACAAUGGAUUAAGAAUGAUGAUAUGUUGAUUAAAGCCGAGGGUGUGGAGUCUCUUUCAGAAGCUGAACUUCGUGAAGAUUGUAGGGAGAGAGGCAUGCUUGGAUUGCUGUCAGUUGAAGAAAUGCGCCAACAGCUCCAUGAUUGGUUGGAUUUGUCUCUUAAUCACUCAGUCCCUUCUUCCCUUUUGAUCCUUUCGAGGUCUUUCACUGUGUCUGGAAAGCUGAGACCUGAGGAAGCUGUUCAAGCUACACUGUCUUCUCUCCCUGAUGAGGUUGUGGGUACUGUUGGUGUUACAUCUUUGCCAUCUGAAGAUUCUGUUUCAGGAAGGAGAAGGAAGCUGGAGUACCUUGCUAUGCAGGAAGAAUUGAUCAAGGAGGAGGAAGAAAAAGAUGAAAAAGAUCUGGUGAGGAUGAAGGAAAAUCUAGUUAGCGAGGAGGAUGUUGCAUUGAAAGAGAUGACUAUAGCAACAGCAAGUGAAGCGCACAAACAAGCUAGAGUAAGAACAUUGGAAAAGCAGGAGCAGCUCUGUAAGCUUAGUCAAGCGUUGGCUGUUUUAGCUUCAGCAUCUUCAGUGAGUCAUGAGCGUGAAGAAUUCCUGGGCCUGGUCAAUAAGGAGAUAGAACUUUACAACAGUAUGGUGGACAAAGAGGGCACUGACAGUGCGAAAGAUGCCAUAAAGGCUUAUAAAGCAGCUAGAGAAGAAACGGACCAUUCUGAUGAAGUUGCUGAAAGGGAUGAGGUUUCUUCAGUGCUUAGAGAAAAGGUUGAUGCUAUGCUUCAAAAUCUUGAGAAGGAAAUUGAUGAUGUUGAUGCUAAAAUUGGUGAUCGGUGGCAACUACUUGACAGGGAUCUUGAUGGGAAAGUUACUCCUGAAGAAGUGGCUGGUGCUGCUUUGUUCUUGAAGGAUACAUUAGGGAAACAGGGUGUUGAAGAACUCAUUAGCAGUCUCUCCAAAGAUAGAGAUGGGAAGAUCCUUGUGGAAGACAUCGUCAAAUUGGGCAGUUGGACAGAAAAUUCGAAUUCAGCAGAACAUAGAGGAUAAAUGGCUGGUUUGACCUUCUAUUUCUCUUGACAUCUUGAUAUUUCCCAGUUAGCUCUUCAGUUGGCAGAUAAUAUGGCUUGAACUCUGAUAUGGUCCGGCUUCAUCUUAGUUGCAGCUUGGCAAUUUCUCGACUUUUCAGGUUCCAACGGUACCCUUUUUUUUUGAAUACACGUUGGCUCUUAUAAUUUAUAGACUACACCUAGGUAGUUUCUUUUUGUUAUACAUAUAGAAGUAGUAUUCUUAUUCCUUUGCGCCUUUGAUAAAAGAGGCAGACUUGCUAGCAAUUAAAAAAGGCAAAAUAAAAAUAAAAAUUCUGGGCUAGAUAAAAGCAACUUUUAUGUAUACAGAAAAAUAAUGUUGUUGUUCUAUCCAUUGCAUUUUAGUUCAAAAUGCUGUUCCUGAUAUUGCCAAGUUUAAGCUGUUGAAUGACAGAUGUAUCUAGCUUUUUAUUACUGUCUUCA